UGUGUGUGUGACUGUGCGGUCGCGAAUACAGGAGACGGGGGAGGCGCACGCUCUCAACGAGAGAGAGGAACGAGGAACGCGAUCGACUGCAACCUCGAUGCGCGAUUUCUCGUUACGCACGUUGGGACCGCGUGGCUCCGAGUGAUCAGUGAUUUGGAUCUCCCCGCGUCCGGUUUGCCGCCGUUUGCGUGCCGCAUCCCGUAACCGAGGCUCGGCGAGGCCCUCUCCCCCUGCCCCCCGAUCCCGAGCACACGAGCACGCACGCUCGCACGCACGUACGAAGGCGAGGAUGGGCGACAAAGACAGAGGGGACGACGUCGCGUCGGUUACGCCGGUGACACCGGAGGACGCGGCCAGGGCGGAAUUGUACAAGGAGGAGGCGAACGAGUACUUCAAGAAUCAAGUAUACGACAAAGCUAUUGAACUAUAUACCAAAGCCAUAGAAUUAAACCCGACGGUGGCGGUAUACUUUGGCAACAGGAGUAUCUCCUACCUGAGGACGGAAUGCUUUGGAUACGCAUUGACGGACGCGUCCGCGGCCAUCAAGUUAGAUAGAAAUUACGUCAAGGGUUAUUAUCGGAGAGCUGCCGCUUACAUGUCCCUCGGCAAGUUCAAACAGGCUCUCAUGGAUUAUAAGACUGUCGUAAAAGCUAGGCCCAAUGAUAAAGAUGCAAAGGACAGAUACACGGAAUGUCAAAAGAUGGUUAAAAUGUUAGCUUUUAAUAAGGCCAUUUCUGUUGACGACAAAAAGAACGUAGCUGAUACGAUUAAUCUGGAAGAUAUGACAAUCGAGGAUGAAUAUACGGGGCCUAAAUUAGUUGACGGGAAAGUCACGCUGGAAUUUAUGAAAGAUUUACUAGAGUGGUAUAGAAAUCAAAAUAAGUUGCACCGUAAAUAUGCUUACAAAAUCCUGUUGGACAUUAAAUUGUGGUUUAUGGCGCAACCUAGCUUAGUGGACAUUACAAUCCCUGAAGACAAAAAAUUCACUAUCUGUGGCGACAUACACGGUCAAUAUUAUGACCUGCUUAAUAUAUUUAAGUUGAAUGGAUUGCCAUCGGAGACUAACUCAUAUUUAUUUAAUGGAGACUUUGUAGAUAGAGGUUCUUUCUCAGUAGAAUGCAUAUUUACUUUAUUUGGUUUUAAAUUAUUAUAUCCAAAUCAUUUCUUCAUGUCGAGAGGUAACCACGAAUCAGCCAUGAUGAAUCAAAUGUAUGGAUUCGACGGUGAGGUCAAAGCUAAAUAUUCUGUUCAGAUGGCAGAAUUGUUUACAGAAGUUUAUAACUGGCUCCCUCUUGCACACUGCCUCAAUCGUAAAGUGCUCGUGAUGCACGGUGGAUUGUUUUCGCGGGAUGAUGUGACGUUGCGAGAAAUCAGAGAAAUUGACAGAAACAGACAACCACCUGACGAGGGAUUGAUGUGCGAACUGUUGUGGUCCGAUCCGCAGCCGCAAAUGGGCCGAGCGCCCAGCAAGAGAGGCGUGGGUGUUCAAUUCGGACCUGACGUCACGCAGAAUUUCCUCAGGAUAAAUUCUCUUGACUACAUCGUGAGGAGUCACGAGGUUAAGAACGAGGGAUACGAGGUGGGACAUGAUGGGAAGUGUAUCACAGUAUUCUCCGCUCCAAAUUACUGUGAUACUAUGGGUAACCGAGGUGCCUUUAUCACACUUAGCGGCAGUGACAUGAAACCUUAUUUCACGUCGUAUGACGCAAUGCCUCAUCCAAACGUAAGGCCGAUGGUUUAUGCCAACGCUUUUCUAAAGUUCAUGUGCUAGUGGAACGUCUCCUAGGUAUUAUUGAAAAAUGAAUAAUAAUAACUGAAAUAUAAGUAGUCCAAUCAAAGCGUGCGUAAUAUAUUUGAUACUGAAAUGGGGAAGGUAAGAGACACUUUAGGCUUUUCCGCAACAAUAAUUAUUAUAUUCUUUCUAGGAAAUCGAACGAUGAAUUUCCUGUAUUAUAAAAUAUAUGCAGUGAGAAUACAUAAAAUUGAUGGGUACAAAAGCGAGAAAGGUUUGCUUAUUUUUACAACAGGCAAACAAAUCUAUCAGACUUUUCUUAUCUAUGAUAAGAAAACACGGCUCAUCAAGCACCUAGCGAUUUGUGUUCGUUUGUAAUAAAAUAGCGCGAAGAGAACGUUUCUAUUUUGUACCCUCAAUCUAUGACCACCUUGCUCGUUAAAGAUACCUAACUACGUGCGCGUACACAAAAGAAGAACAAAGAUUUUUGAUCUCGAAGAUAUUUCCAUAAAAUUUUAACCCUAUAUAUAAUCUAUUAUUUAUAUGAAGCGCUGAAUCUUAAAAACUUUUAAUCGAUUCUUUAGCGACCAACGGUGGAGUUUGAAUGAAAUAUAGUAAUUAUUACAAAGAGAAUACAUAAAUGCAAAAAGAAACUAGCGUAAUUAUGUAGUACAAUGUUUCAGCCAAUCACUACUUGUCACGUUAUUUGUGACAAUUUUUUUACAAAUCUAUCGUGAUUGGAGGAAUUUCUUUGAUCUAACAUUUUGUUUUUUGUUAAUAAUAAAUGAUGUUUAUGAUGUACAUA